AUGGCGGAAUUAGUCGUGGCUGCCAACCUGGCUGGCAGUGUGGCCAGCAGGAAUGCCCCUAAGCUCUGGGAUUACUUGGUACAAAAUCGCAAGCUGCGGGCAGAGCUGAAGCAUGACAUCAGUUACAUCAGAAGCGAGUCCUUGAUGAUUUCUGCUGCCAUUCAACAAGAUGGUGAUCGUCCACCGUGGAGCAGCAACCCCGUGCAUAAGGUCUGGAUCACUAUGGUGCGUGACUUGGCGUAUGAUAUCGAAGACUGCAUCGACCGCUUCACGCACCGCGUGACACUCAAGCCUGAUGUGUCAUGGAUCGUUAAGAAAUUUCACCGGAUGAAGACGAGGAGUGCCCGUAACAAGUUUGCUGCAGCAAUCCGUCGUCUCAGGAAGAAAUCCGAGGACGCAUCCAAGCUGAGAACAAGCUACAGCACCAGUGAGUAUGGCGGCGGAUCCAGCACCCUGGAGUCAGAGACACCAUCUGAUGACACGGACACCUCGGUGGCCGCCGUGGGUAUGGAUGUGCCCCACGACGAGCUCAUGGAGCUGAUAAGGGAAACGCCGCAAGGCCAACAACCCAUGGAGCUCAAGGUGAUCUCCCUUGUUGGGUUCGGUGGCAUAGGGAAGACUCUCCUCACCAAGCAUGUGUACAACACAACUGAGAGCGAAUACAAAGCACGGGCUUGGGUUUGUGCUGCAGAGAAAGGCUCAAGAGAUGUUCUCAAGGAGAUACUCUGGCAACUUGGAAUGCAUUCCACCAUUAGUAGUAGUAGUGGAAGUGCAGGCAACCCCUGCCGUCUCAGCAAUAACAUGCUCUGUGCAAGCCUAAGAGAGUGCCUUGGGACCAAGAGGUUUUUAAUUGUAAUUGAUGACAUGCGGAGAGACUUUUGGGUUGAUAUAAAAGAUGCUUUCCCUGUGGUUCCCGGGGUCAACAGUAGAGUUAUUGUCACAACAGCCACUCAGACCAUAGCAAUCAAAAGCAGCUGUCGUGAUGGUCAUGUGUACAUAAUGAGAACUCUUGCUGAGCAACACUCGAAACAAUUGUUCUUUGAGAAAGCUUCCUUGGUGUAUCCACCAACAGUCCGUGAUACGGAGCUAAGUUCAGAAGUAAUAAGGAAAUGUGAUGGUCUGCCCCUUGCUCUUAUUACCACAGCACGGUUGUUGCACGGUGAUCACAGACGGCGACAAUGGGCAGAUCUGGGAAAUAACCUUGGCAGCCAUCUGGAGACACAUCAUAUGUUAGCAAAUAUGAAGCGUGUGCUCGUCCGUAGCUACACCAACCUAAGCAAGCAAGAUAUCAAGAUCUGCUUGCUUUAUCUUGGUAUUUACCCAAGUGGUCGCCCAAUCAGGAGAGGAAGCCUGAUAAGGCGAUGGUCAGCCGAAGGUUUCAUCACAGCAGAGCCUAAACGCAGUGCCCUUGAGGUUGCUGUUGCCAGUUUCAAUGAGCUGGUCGACAAGAGCAUCAUCCAGCCUAUUGAUGCCAGCGGCAACGGCAGUGCAGAGGUGAAGACAUGCAAACCUCACAGUAUAAUGCUUGAGUUCAUUCUGCACAGAUCCAUGUCCGAGAACUUUGUUACCUUGUUAUAUGAUAAGGAUCCCCCACCUGGGAGUAAAAUUCGUUGGAUUUCUCUGCAGCAUAAAACUGAUGCAAGAUCCAAAAUGGAUCCAAAGGAUCUAAGUCUUGUCCGUUCUCUGACAAUCUUUGGUGAAGCGCACAAUUCAAUGUUGGACUUUUCCAAGUACAAACUGAUUAGAGUUUUGGAUUUAGAAGAGUGCGAUGAACACUUGGGAGACAAGCAUCUCAAGGAGAUAUGCAGCAACAUGUCGCUGCUCAGGUACCUAAGCCUCAGAGGUGCUACUAGAGUUACAGUUAUUCCAAAACAGAUCAAGAAGCUUCAACUUUUGGAAACACUGGAUUUAAGAGGAACCAGUAUAGAGAUUCUGACCAUAGAAGUCAUGGAAUUGCCAUAUUUAAUUCAUCUGUUUGGAAAGUUCAAGCUCCAACAAGAUGUAGGAAGCCGGAGAAUGAGUAAGCUACAGACUUGGCUGUCAGAGAGAAGUAAAUUGGAAACUUUAGCCGGAUUUGUUGUGGACAACAAUAGCCAAGGAUUCACACAGAUCAUGGAGCAUAUGAAGCACUUGACCAAGGUGAAAAUAUGGUGCGAGUUCACCGCACAUGACAGCAGCAACUCAAGACACCUCUCAAAGUCAAUCAAGGGGUUCAUCCAGAGCGGCACCGAUCUGAACAAAGCUCAUUCACUCUCACUGAACACCAAUGAUGAAUGGUGUCCAGACUUGUUGGAUUUCUCCUUGGAGAAGGAUUACUCCUACUACCUUAGCUCACUCAAGCUACAAGGGAACACCAUAUGUAGUCAGCUGCCUCUGUUUGUUACCAUGCUGGGUGGUCUCACUAAGCUGUGCCUGUCAUUCCUUGGUGAUCAUAAGCUGAGUGGUAACAUUCUUGAUGCCCUGAGCAGAGUGCGCGGCCUGGAGUACCUGAAGCUGAUUGCAACUCAACUGGACAAGCUCGGCAUCAGGCAAGGCCAUGCACUCAGAAGCCUGCGACACCUAUGUGUCGUGGCAGAAGUCGCAACCGAGCUGGAAAUACAAGAGGGAGCUCUGCCUCGCCUCGAGUUCCUCCGGCUGCUAUUGAGUGAUGAAACAAAACAGGAGUGGAAAGGAGCAAAAAAGAACCACCCCAGACGUCCCAAGCUCUUGUUUGUUGAGACUAAGCCGAUGGGAAGUGAGUCUGCUGCGGAAAUUAUCCCUGCAGAAACAACUACUGAUACAACAGUCGAAGAGGUUGAUGUGGAGAGGGAACCUGCAGCAGCAGCUACUGAUACGACGUUAUCAGUGACAACGCUGCCCAAUGUGACCACUAAAGAGACUGGUGUUACUUCUGGGAUGGUUGAUGAUCAGGAACUAAUGAAAAGCGAGCCUGCUGCAGAAGCUAGCCCUGCAGCAAUAGCUACUGAUACGACGGCCGACGAGGUUGAUGUCAAAAGUGCACCUGCGGAGAAUUUUGAGAGCCCUGUGCCAUCACCUACUGAUGCCAUUUCUACUGUACAAGUUGAUGGUGGUCAACAUGAUGAUGAACAAGGAAAAUAUUUUGCUAACACCAAGGAUGUAAAAUAUUUUGCUAAGAAACAUGGUCUGAGCGUUCAGGUGACAGAUCGGAUGAACAAGGGAAGUUCUAAAGAGGAGAUGGAAGGAAUGGCGGGUUUAGAGGGUCAGCAGAUGGAAGACGCCACCAAGGAACCAAGGCCUACGAAACAAACAGCGUCUGCGGACGAGGUUGUCAUCGCUGGUGGCAAUUGGUGUCUUUCGCCAAAGAAGUCGACAGGGGAUGUUGGUGCCUUGACUAGGUUAAUCUUGCUCAGGACAGGGCUGGAGUAUGCUUUGAGUAUCAGGUGCUGGGUGUGCCAGACAAGUACGGAUAUGAGGAGUCGUCUCCUGAAGUUGAUGAAGUGGUUCUCAUAA